AUCAUUGAUGGAGACUGAGUCAUUCAGCGCAAAGAUGAAGAAGUUUGCAGCUGGUGCCUCCACCUAUUUAAAUAGGGUUGUUCAGUUUACUGAAGAAAAGAUUGGCUCGGCAGAAAAAACAGAACUAGAUGCACAUUUUGAAAAUUUAAUACAGCGGGCGGAAAAAACCAAAGUAUGGACAGAAAAAAUUUUACGCCAGACAGAGACGGUGUUACAACCCAAUCCCAACAGUCGAAUGGAGGAUUUGUUUUACGAGAAGCUGGACAAGCCAAAGAGAGAGCGUGUCACAAACUUUGAUCAGUUGGGUCAGUUCAUGGUGGAUGCUGGCAAUGAUUUUGGUCCUGGCACAGCCUAUGGAAAUGCCCUUGUGAAAGCUGGACAGACGCAGUACCAGCUUGGGCAGGCUGAGAAAGACUUUGUGGGCUCCGUGGCUAACAACUUCCUGCAACCCCUUAGGAACUUUUUAGACGGGGACAUGAAAACCAUACAGAAAGAAAAGAAGCUGCUAGAAACAAAGCGCCUGGAUUUGGAUGCGUGCAAGAACCGUUUAAGAAAAGCCAAGUCUCAAGCAAAUCAGCAACAGUCUGGACAACCCAUGGUGGCUGAGGACACAGAUGCCGUUGCUAAAGCUGAGGCGGAGUUGCGUGUGGCUCAGGCUGACUUCGAUAGACAGGCAGAAAUCACCAAACUGUUGCUGGAAGGAGUCAGCAGUACUCAUGCACAUCACCUGCGUUGCCUUAACGAUUUCAUCGAGGCUCAGGUGACGUACUUUGCCCAGUGUCAGCAGUACAUGACAGACCUGCAGCGUCAGCUUGGCAGUUACCCGGCGGGCACAGGUGCUGGUGGUGUGGGGGGAGGUCCUGGGAACAGCUCAUUGCCAAACAUCCACCCUCCACAUUUGUCUAAUAGUAACCUUAACUCCCAAAAUCAACCCUCUGCACCCCCUGCUAUUCAGGUCACCGAGGCGUCACCCACUGACAAAAAACAGGCCCGUGUCUUGUACGAUUACGAUGCCGCAGAUAGCUCAGAGUUGUCUCUCUUAGCUGACGAGUACAUAAUAGUCUACACACAACCGGGGCUAAAUCCUGAUUGGAUGAUGGCUGAACGUAAGGAGCAGCGAGGGAAAGUGCCCGUCACAUAUUUAGAGUUAUUAGACUGAUGCUAUGCCUGCGUAUUCGGCUUUGGCCAGGGCUAUUCUGUUUUCUGUUUUGCAGAUUUUACCAGACACCCAAGAUCAGAAUGAAGGCAUAAAUUUAUAUUACUGUAUAGCUUCCAAUUGGUCAAUACUAAAAUGUCUGGCAUGAGAAGUGUUUAUAUUAACAUUUUUGAUAAUUUUGUUUUGAGGAACUAAAACAAGAAUCUACGCUUCUGGUAAGUGCUGGUAAAAUGGUAAUUCCUUGGAAAAUCAGUUGCUGGUGAAAUGGUUAUUCUUUCUUCCGGCAGACUAAUCUUUGGUAAAAUGGUUAUUCAGUUGUGUUGGAUCGCCAGUUGCUGGUAAAAGUGUGAUUCCACAGUGCUAGUUGGCUAAUUUGUGAUGAAAUGGUGAUUCUAUUCAGUGGUUAUUCUGACUGGCUUUUUGGUAAUAAAACAGUGUUUUUUACAGUACUGGAAGAUCUGUUUUGUG